AUGCCCGAGAACAGCUGCGUGAGCUUCCCACUCCAGCUCCCGGCAUCCACAAAGCGCUCCCAACCCAUGAUCCGCACGGCUGACAUCCAGAUUCCAACGUCGGUCAAGAUCAGCGCCACGACGACGGACCGCACGACCUCCGGGUCCCGGCACCUCCACAUGACCACCGCUAUCAUGGCACCCACGAGAAGCACAAAAUUGCACAACGACGCGAUGGCCAGCUGCUCCGUCGCCGCCACCUCGUGGGCUGGCACGUACGAGAGCAGUCCGGAGCUCCGCAACACCUCCAUCGAUGCACAACCUCCCCGACUCUUUGACGGCAACCUGGAACAAGACUGCCGAAGACUCUAA